ACUUUUUAUCCAUCAUUUACUCAAGUGUUUCCAUUAUUUUGGCAGUUACCUGUAGAUUCCCUAUAAUAAAAUAUAUUUUUGCCAAGUUGUUAGUAAUUUCAAGGAAUAGAACUUGGAGGGAUAGAGUACAUACUAGAUAACAUUGUGCACAUGACACAAUCACUAGCCUCGUUUACACCUUGUGUUAACAUGUACGUUUCGUAAUCUGAUCAAUAUGGUCCAAUCACUAUCUAAUCAAGUACAAUCAGAAUGUGGAAAUUAUCAGGACAAAGGGCGCGAGUUAGCACCAGUUUUAAACGGGGCUAUACUGUGAGCUCUUCUUUAUUAGCCUACAGUGUAUUUUGGCGUCUGUUACGCAGGGAGGAUGUGUGUCACAAGUGUUUCACACGCUCUUUUUUUUCUUAAGUUGAAACCACACGAACUUCCUUUUCUACCUUCCUUGUAUUGUAUUUGCGCGUAAAGAGACAGUCAGAGGAGUUGACAGCAAUGAUGUAUAUAUUAUACACAUUGGUUGAGAAAGAGAGGCGCGAACAUGUAGCCUAGGCGUUGUGUUGAUAAAGGUUGAAACGUUUAUCCAGGAUGAACCGUUUCAGUAAAUUGUCAUCUGAAAAACAGAAGAAAACCUGGAUGAAAUAUGCAGUGCUAUGUUGACAACAAGAUGCAACUCGAGACCGGUGAGCGCAGUGGGAGAAACCAGAAUUGAAACCUGCGGUGCUUCAGUGAAGCCAUCUUGUCUGAAGAGGAUCACUGUAACGGAGACAGAGGGAGUCAGGAAACAGGUGCAGUCGCCCCCCCCCCUGAUGGAGAGGCCGUCUUCUACAACCAGGCGUCAGGCCUGGUUCCAGACCGGUCGCCAGUGGCCAACCCUGAAAGAACAAGAUCCACAGGGACCUCCAUCCAUCCACCCGUCUGUUCCACACCAGCCUGCAUCAGAGGAUGAUGUCUUCUCAGAUGGAUGCUCAGCAGGAAAGAUUGAGAGCUGGCUGCUGGGCUGCGGGCUGGAGACGGACUCAGAAAACUCUAGACAUAAUCUGACUGUUGGUAAGUCUGACAACAAAGUCACCGUCACUGAAAUCUACUGUCAGCAUGGAGCGAUGAUGUCAUAUCCUACUGGUCACAACAGAACACUGAUUUUAGUCUCCUCUCUUCUUCCAGAGUCUCUGCUGAAAUCGAACAGUUUUGAAGAUGACCUGAGUCUGGGGGCCGAGGCUACAGUAUUAAAUGUUGAGGAAGGAGUCUCAGAACUGGGGAGCUGCCCACUGCUGCUUCCGCCACCCAAACAUCCUCACAGAGGAGUCACCACCAGUACUCCCCGCCAGAGGCUGGUUCUGCCUCAUCUCCACCUGGGUCACAGUCUGGCCUCCAGUGGGCUCUCCAAAAGCACCAGUAAAGCAUCGAGUGUGUCGGAGGCGCUGCAGAUGUGUGCGGAGGAUGCAGAGGAGACUCUGUACCAGUUAGGGUUUGGUUGUGAUGAGCCUGAGGUUACGGCCCGUAUCCCUAUCCGCUUCAUCAACUUCCCGUCCCAUGCCCACGGCAUCAACCUCCGCCUCUUUCUUCAGUCCCAACUGCACCGGCUCCGACAGGAAGACCCAGGACUCUCCCUGGCCAGUCGUUUCAGGCAGGUAGAGGUGCUGACAGCCAUGGCCAACGCCUUCUACUCCCUCUACUCACACGUGUCCCGCACACCCCUCCAGAAACUCGCCCCUCCCGAGUUCAGCUUCUCCCCCACCGCCGACGGGCAGAUCGGACGGCGCUUCAUGGGAAGCGUCCGCAGCGAACCGAGGUCUCCAGUGGAACGACUCAAGGACACGGUUUCUAAGAUGUGCCUGUAUACUGGCUCUGGGGGUUCCGCCCGGCUGGGCUCAGACUCUGCCUGCCCCAGACCAGGACUCUCCCCAGGGCCUGGGUCUGGGUCGGCCCCCAAGAAGAGAAGCAGCCUGCCUGACUUGGUGGGUCUGGUCCUGGAGAACACCAAGGCAGAGGCUUUAUCCAGAGACAUGGAGGAUAAUCAGGAUACAGGGGACAGUAAUGAGACGAGUGCUGCUGUGGACACGAUGGUGAAGGAUAGAGAGACAGAGACACAGGGACACAUAGACAGGGAGGGGGAGCAGGGGUUGUUUUCAGAUGUACAGGAUAUGGACACUGGGGAUAGUAAUAAGGCAUGUGCUGUGGGCACACGUAUGUUCAGGGACAGAGAGACAGAGACACCGGGACAUAGAGACACAGUCAGGGACAAGGAGUUGGAGCAGGGAUCGUCAUCAGAUAGGGAUGGAGUUGAUUUAGAGAGAGAGCAACAUUCUGACACAACACCCAACCUUGGGGCAUCAUCACUUUCAGAAUCAGGUCAUCAAAGAGAGCCCAGUAGUAGGAAGAAGCUGGACUUUGGCCGUACUACUCCAAGACCUACUUGUGAAGUUGGAGAAACUCAAAACACAAUGCAUCCCACAGGCUGGGCAACGGUAGUGGCACCGGUCGCCAAGGUUACCCACGACAUCACCCGUCCUCAGAUCGUUGAGUGUGUUCACCAGGCUCCGUACAGCAGUCAACUACAACCGUGGAAUAAUAACACACAGGCGGCGGACACUUUGUCAUCUGUCGUCUCCUCUGAGAACGUCAGAAGAUCUGACCGAUCCUUCACCACAGACGGACUACACCAACCCAGGGAGGAGAAAUGCUUAACUACCAGUAACUCAGCCAAGAGUUUAGAGGUCACAGUAACUCCCAUGUCUAAGGUUGAAUCCAGCUUGGGAGAAACUGGAACACUGGUGGUGUCAACGUUCGUGCCUAUAGAGCUCCUUAGUUGCAGGAAGUCCCCUUGUCUCAUCACUGUUACUGAUGUGACACCUUCUAGUUCUUUAGACACAGAUGCACCUGAGAUGAUUCUCCCUCCCAGUGGUGGGACCACAGUGGUGCCUCCAGCAGCUCAGUAUUAUCCAGGUGUAUGGAGGAACAAGAGGUACCUGAGUCCUCUGAAACCACCACCACUCCAGGGGCAGGUCUCCCACACUAUUCAACAGGCCAACUCCUUUGAGCUGGAGGAGGUACAUAGCGCAGGGGAGGAAGACUUUGGACAGCAAGAAACUAUACGGUCAACAUCUUUGUCACGGUCUACUGUCAAUCAAAACAAAGGUCUGGUGGUUCGAGGGGACAGCAUGCAAUCAGACAGUAGUGGCUACGCCGAUGAAGACGUCUAUUCCCCUGAGAGACAAGAGCUGAUGGACAGACCCUCAGGGAAAUAGACUCCGGGAACUAUUUAUUUGUAUGAGUCACACAAACAUAUUCAGCCACUGAAGAAACUUCAUGAAAAAUCCGUAUCUGUUGAAUGUAUGAAAAGGUUUGUUAUUGUUAAUGACAUCAUGAACACACCCACUGGCGUGACGUCGACCGAGUUCGCAGUUGUCUUCCGGCGGUUAACGCAUUGCCCCGGAGGUAUAUUUAACACAGAUCAAGUUGCCUAACCUGAUGCGCAGGCAUUGCAUCAACCAACAGUUGUGUGCCAGACAAUGCAAUGUGGUUAGCUGACAUGUUAAAUACUUAUCCAGGCGUUGUUAGAUCUGGCAUGAGUCUUCAGUGUAGUCGGACAGUUUGAUUGUGUAGACUGUCCUAUGUCCAGUGUUACUGUAGACAGUCAUUAAUCCAUGCUAGUGCUGUGACUUUUGUGUGAAAAUUGUUAUUUAUGGAUGUUAAAAAUAA